AUGUCUGACGAGGAUUUGCUGGCGUGCUCCAAAGAGGAGCUGGUGAGCCGGUUGCGUAAAGAGGAGACCGAGAAGAUAUCAGCCCUGAUCCAGCGGGGCCGCCUCAUCAAAGAGGUCAACAAACAGCUGCAGGGACACCUCCUCGAAAUCAGGGAACUGAAAGUCAUCAACCAGCGGCUGCAGGAGGAGAACGUGGAGCUGCGGGACCUGUGCUGCUUCCUGGACGACGACCGGCUCAAAGUGAAAAAGCUGGCCCGGGAGUGGCAGCUGUUCGGGCACCACGCCGCCAAAGUGAUGCGCGAAGACCUGGGCGGCUAUUUGAAGAAGCUCGCCGACCUGGAGCGCCUGCAGGACGGGCUGGUGAAGGAGAACCUGGACCUGAAGGAGCUGUGCCUGGUUCUGGAGGAGGAGUGCGUCAGCCGGAGCGACUCCAGCCCCGGGGGCUCCACGGAGCUAAACCUGCCCUGCAUGGUGGCCCGGGACCUGGGGGACGGGAGCUCCAGCACAGGCAGCGUGGGAAGUCCAGACCAGCUCCACCUGGUGUGCUCACCUGAUGACUGA